CGAUGAGGGAAUAAUCCCCAUUGCGUCUGGAAUCAGAGGGCGGGCCUGCCGCGGAGGUAUCUGGGAAACGGAGUUCCCAGUAGGCGAAGCCCCGGGGCCGUCGGGAAGUCAGCGGCGCUUGCGCGGGCGCCUCAGACUCAGGAUGCGCGCGCAGCGCAACUGAGAAGGUUGCUGUCAAGAUGGAGUUUCCAGCCCAGUAAAUCCAAGGGCCAGACCAUGACCUCAUAAAGCAUGAUCUCCUUCUGUCCAGACUGUGGCAAAAGUAUCCAAGCGGCAUUCAAAUUCUGCCCCUACUGUGGAAAUUCUUUGCCUAUAGAGGAGCAUGUAGGGUCCCAGACCUUAGUCAAUCCACAUGUGUCAUCCUUCCAAGGCUCAAAGAGAGGGCUGAGCUCCAGUUUUGAAACUUCUCCUAAGAAAGUGAAAUGGUCCAGCACCGUCACCUCUCCCCGAUUAUCCCUCUUCUCAGAUGGUGACAGUUCUGAGUCUGAAGAUACUCUGAGUUCCUCUGAGAGAUCCAAAGGCUCCGGGAGCAGACCCCCAACCCCCAAAAGCAGCCCUCAGAAGACCAGGAAGAGCCCUCAGGUGACUAGGGGCAGCCCUCAGAAGACCAGCUGCAGCCCUCAGAAGACCAGGCAGAGCCCUCAGAAGACCAGGCAGAGCCCUCAGACACUGAAGCGGAGCCGAGUGACCACCUCACUUGAAGCUUUGCCCACAGGGACAGUGCUGACAGACAAGAGUGGGCAACAGUGGAAGCUGAAGUCUCUCCAGACCAGGGACAACCAGGGCAUUCUCUAUGAAGCUGCACCUACCUCCACCCUCGCCUGUGACUCAGGACCCCAGAAGCAAAAGUUCUCGCUCAAACUGGAUGCCAAGGAUGGGCGCUUGUUCAAUGAGCAGAACUUCUUCCAGCGGGCUGCCAAGCCUCUGCAAGUCAACAAAUGGAAGAAGCUGUACUCAACCCCGCUACUGGCCAUCCCUACCUGCAUGGGUUUCGGUGUUCACCAGGACAAAUACAGGUUCUUGGUGUUACCCAGCCUGGGGAGGAGCCUUCAGUCGGCCCUGGAUGUCAGCCCAAGGCAUGUGCUGUCAGAGAGGUCUGUGCUGCAGGUGGCCUGCCGGCUGCUGGAUGCCCUGGAGUUCCUCCAUGAGAAUGAGUAUGUUCAUGGAAAUGUGACAGCUGAAAAUAUCUUUGUGGAUCCAGAGGACCGGAGUCAGGUGACUUUGGCAGGCUAUGGCUUCGCCUUCCGCUAUUGCCCAAGUGGCAAACACGUGGCCUAUGUGGAAGGCAGCAGGAGCCCUCACGAGGGGGACCUUGAGUUCAUUAGCAUGGACCUGCACAAAGGAUGCGGGCCCUCCCGCCGCAGCGACCUCCAGAGCCUGGGCUACUGCAUGCUGAAGUGGCUCUACGGGUUUCUGCCAUGGACAAACUGCCUUCCCAACACUGAGGACAUCAUGAAGCAAAAACAGAAGUUUGUUGAUAAGCCGGGGCCCUUCGUGGGACCCUGCGGUCACUGGAUCAGGCCCUCAGAGACCCUGCAGAAGUACCUGAAGGUGGUGAUGACCCUCAAGUAUGAGGAGAAGCCACCCUACGCCAUGCUGAGAAACAACCUAGAAGCUCUGCUGCAGGAUCUGCAUGUGUCUCCAUAUGACCCCAUUGACCUCCCAGUGGUGCCCUAGGUGGAAUCCAAGUGGGAAGAGCUUGUGAGUCUUAAGCCCUCUCACCCCUUGCCCUCGCCCCAGCCCUGCCCCAGCCUCCAAGAGACGCUUCCCAGAGGCUGUUCCACGUUCAUCCCAGGGCCCAGCUUCCCAGGGAGAUGCUGGGUUUUUCCACAGGGUCCUUGAACUUCCCAACCUCCAGGAAUGGCAAGUAAGAGAAACCCGGCUCAACUUGGCUUUAAGAAAAGGGGGGUUGAUUGGCUGUUGUUGCUAGAAAAUUCUAAGGGGGAGCUUCAGGCACAACGGGAUUCAGGGCCUCAAAAAUAGCAUCAAGACGUUGUCUGUCUCUUGCCAUCUUCUGUCCCUUCUUGCAUCCAUGCCUCCCUGUGUCCUUCCACUCGGCCACCUGUAGUCUCUACUUUCCUUUGGCCUGUCCUCCUUGGCACCCCCAUACCCAAAAGGUAGCUGCUCCAUGCCUUCGGGUCUUGUUCAUAGUGCACACUACCCCUUCCUGUGGAUGACGGACACUCCUCACAGCCAGCAGCUGGGCGUUUGCUUAGUUUCCCAGAUUUUUAUUUUACAAACAGUGCUUCCUGUGUGCACAGCCCGGCUGCUGGCGCACGCUGUCUGUGGAUGGAGGUAUCAACUUGACAGUGCUGACUAGAUGGCUUUACUUCCAUCAGCACUUUGUGUAAAUGUGCAGGAAUUUUUGCAAGGUCGAAGACAGACUACACAGUAAAUUUUGGCAAGAGUGCAGAGAUGUGUGCUGAAGAGGAGCUUCUCCAGGCUCCUUUUCUCUCCCCGGAGUAGUCAUUUCUCUCAUUGGGGUUGGCUGGAACCAAAGCUUAGUGCUUUGUCUAACUCGGCACCACCUGGGGGCAUUUGGCAGUGUCUGGAGACACUUGGUUGUCAGGAUGCGGGACAGUGGAGGCCAGGAUGCUGCCUGACAUCCUGCGACACGCAGCAUGGUCCCUACCUCUACUCCCCAACAAAGAAUUCCCUGGCCCCAAUGGUCAGCAGCGCCGCGAUUGUGAGAUCCUGGUCACGGGGCAUCUUGAACAGCGUCUGCUUUUGGCGGCCUGUCUCCCUGUGCAGUGACGUUCUUCUUGGCACUUGGAUUACAAGUGCUUCUACAUUCCCACAACCUUUCCUUACAUCUGAGGCUGAAGCAUGAGCUGACACGUGUGUGUCAAGAGAUUCGCGGAGCACCUGCGCAGAGUGGGCCAGUGGUGAGGGGUGGGGGCUCUUUUUUCUCUGGUGGAGUAGCAGGCUCUCUGCUUCAACCAGAGGUGCCAAGAGUAAAGUCAUGACCUGUGCCAGUCUCACUCUUUGCCCCACCUCUCCAGCUCGAUACACAGCUCCUCCUCCAUGCACCCAGUUAUCCAGGCCAGACAGCUCGGGGUCCUCCCCGACACCCUUGCUCCCUCAGCAGCCUCCUCCAAACCUUCGGUCCCGGGUGAGACUGACCACGGGGUCACUUGUCACAGUCUCCUGCUGGCAGCCAGUUCCUCCAGGGCAGGGUCGCGUCUGACUCUGUCAUCUCUGCUUUUCUGGCAUGGCACAGGGCAGAGGCUUCGUCCUGUUUAUCAAUGGAGCGAGCCCAGGCUUGCCGUCAUCGGUGCCGCCCUGUCUCAGUGCCUUCCUGUCACCCAGGGCAAAGGGCGUUUAGAACCCAACACCUGACAGCCCCCUAAGGUCUCCACCGUCUCACACCCACGCGCUCCCUGGAGGCCACUCGCUCAGCCCCUUGGUUGAGAACAUAACGAGGAGAUGACAUUUAAGGAGCCCGGUGAUCUUUGAGCACCUUGAAGGUCGUCUUGCCUCUGCUGCACAGCAGCUCCUUGCCUUGGCCUGAGGCCGAGCUCCCUUCUUCCCCCGUGCACGAUGCGCCAGCCACACCCCCGCCCCUCCAAUUCUAGACCAGGCCAAGCUGGACUCCACCCUGGAACCUUUGCACCCGCCAUCCCAAGGUCUGGAAAGCUCCCCUCAUCCUGGUUUUAUGCACCUGCUGCUUCUCAAAACCCAAGGCCUUCCCCAUCCUCCAUGAGGCGUCCUCACUGCCUCCCCACCCACUUGCUCAUCAUGUCACCUGUUUUCCACACAGCUCUUGUUCCCAUCUGGAGAGAAGCGUGUGUUUAGUGUGUAGUCUCCACCCCCCUCCUCCUCAUCCUAAGCCCAGCAGGGGCUCCUCAUCCCGUAUGGUCAUGAUGACAUCCCCCAGUACCUAGAAGAUGACAUCCCCAGAACCUAGAAGGUGCCUGGCAUCAAGUGAAGGCACAGAGGGUAUUCGUUGGAUGAAUGAGACACUAACAGCAUUUUUAUUGUCUCCCAGAACUUUCCAUUUGCAGUGCGCAACAGAAAAAAAAAAUGAAAUAAUGUGACUCAAGGCCUGCUGUUUAAUCACAGAUAAGCUUCUAGAACAAGCCCUGGAAUGUGCAUUCCUGCCACUGGUUUCAGGAUACUCAUCAGUCCUGAUUAGCCUCCUGGAGGGCCCCAGUCUCUCUCCAGUGAAUGUGAAGUUCCCCAUCUCGGUGGCCUGCCCUUAAGCCAGUGUCCUAGCAAGGCUGGAUGGGGUUGGGCUGGCCCGCAGGGGGGACCCCUCCUCCCCUUGACACCUCUGUGCUUUGGUAAUAAAUUGUUUUACCAGA